UCUAUUAUUGAGCUUAUAGAUCGUGAGAAAAUCGCUGCUUUCGGUCAAAUCGGUGCGAGCUAUUGUUGUGUGAAUAUCAUAUAGUGCUCCACAAAGAUGAAGGCUCUCCUGUUGUCUGUGCUUUUGUUCACGACCCUGGUGUCUUCGGCACCCGCCGACAACAAGGACGUCAUACCGAUCAUCAGUCAAACGCAAGAGGGUCCCAAUCCCGACGGCUCGUACAAGUGGGCCUACGAGUCCGGCAACGGGAUCAAAGCCAACGAGGAGGGCGCGGUGAAAAACGCCGGCUCGGAGAACGAGGCCAUGUCGGCGCAGGGCGCCUUCAGCUACAAGGGCGACGACGGCGCCGACUACUCCAUCACGUACAUCGCCGACGAGAACGGCUUCCAGCCCCAGGGCGCGCAUCUGCCCACGCCUCCACCGAUCCCGGAAGCCAUCAAGAAGGCUCUCGAGUGGAACGCGGCUCACCCGGAGGAGGACGAGGACGGCGGCAAGAAGGGAAAGAAAUAGUGAAAGAAUAACCGCCUCGUAGCGUAAUACCUCGUGUCAAGAAGUGAAUCGAGUAUAUUUUUGUAUGUUUAUUCGGAUCUCGCGAGUUUUUUUUUUUUUUUUGAAGUUGUGAACCCAAGUGUCGGAAACGCGAUGAAAAUUUUCUUUUAGCCAAUUAACAGAUAUCAUUGUAUAUACUUAGUUAUCACUUGUAGUUUUUUUUUUGUUGAAGAGGAACUCGAUACAAAAUAUACAAGUAAUGUUUCUCUUGAAAAUAUAUAAACUCAAUUAUUCCUAUAUGAUUAUACCAUUGACUAUAUACACGACGUGCACUGUUAUGUUUUGUAAUCAAUAAUGUAAUAUAAAUAUAGUAUUUAAUAAUAAAAGACAAUGCUACUA